AUGGGCACAGCUCACUCCCAACAUUCAGCUUCAGUUCGUGUCUCCCCAGUCUGUGGAUAUCCUAAAAACGCCUCCAACAUUGGAACAAAGCCCAUUUCCAUCCAUAGUGAAGGGCCUAGUACAGAGGGAACACGAGUUACAACGGGUUCAGAACCCCAUCUCGCUUCCGCCUCCGUUCGAUCGAUCUACAAACAAGCUGGAAAUAAUCUAAAUACUCGAUGGAAUUCUAGACGAAAGGAUUACGCUUCCAGAAAUGAAACGGGUCGACUGAGCGCUAAUGGGAAUGUUUAUGACUGUGGUCCUCUAGAUAGUACUGGCUGGACAAGAAGCUCAUCUAGAAAGAAGAUUCGACCUCGAGCAUUGAAACAGGCCUCACACAAUUCAACUAACUCCUCAUAUAUUGCUGAUUGCAGUCCGGAUAGAAGCGCGGCUGCACAAAGUGAUCUCCAUGUUUCUGAUCGCGAUAGCUUUGUUGCUGUCAACGAACAUCAGUUGCGAUUAGGGCUCAACAGACUCUCUUCCAUUGAUGGAACCUGCAGUACAAAUGGCCACUUAAACAGCUUUAAUUCCCCAUCAAGAUGUUAUUUAGCUUCAAGUGGUUAUACCAAUCGGAGGUCCAACCCUUCAGAAGAAGAUCAGAUAUCAUGCCAUCUAGCACAACGUCGGCACCUCUCUGAACUAUGUCUUCACCUUGACGGAUUAAAUAAUUUAAACCAUCACCGAAUUCCCUCUGCCCUUCGUUCUCCAAGAAAAUCCCAACCCCCUGUGGCUCCAUGUUUUAUUCAGACUUAUGAUUUUGGAACACAAACAGCAGAUGUUGGACAUUUUGCCAGAAUGACAACUACCUCGGCGUCUAUGUAUGCUCCGAAAUCUCAGUUGAAAUCGCCAUCUUGCCAAGCUACUCCAGCCAAAUCUACUCAUAGACGAUCUACUUACCUGGCCGCUCCAUACUCAUCUCGUUCCCCACUCAGUAGUGAAGCAGAACUUCUCAGUCCUGAGAAUGAUGAAACAGAGGAUGCUGCUUUGGAUAAUUAUCACGACUACGCUAACCUCCCCCAUUCUCGAUCCCGAUCGUUGAAAAUACCGAAAAGGUCCCAACUGACCCACCAACAAGCUUCAAAAUCUGUUGGGGUUAAGUUAAAAUCCGAGGAGUGCUAUGAGGAUACCGGACGUAUUCCAUUACCAAGUCGUCGUCUUUCAAAAUCCCGAUGGCGAUUCAUGUCUAGAGGAAAGAAUCUCACCAAAUCCCUAUCUUGCUAUGCUCUCAAGUUCUUUGGCCAGCAGAAUAGGAGUUAUGAAUCCUCUGAUCAACUCCUUGUGAGCACUAGUCAGUAUGGACCACAGGCCCCGUCCAAACCUACCACAGUGACUAUGUUGAAAAGGGGAGCAACGACUAGAGAUGCCCCUAAUUCCACUCCAGAUGAUCUUGUACAUACUCUCCAGCGGGUCCUUCGACUUGGCCAAUCAGAGGAAACAGAAAAGGUUACUCACACUGUUUCCAUUCAAAAUAAGAUUAAUCGGAGUUUGAGUGCUUUCGAAAAUCAGGAUUCGAUGGCUCAAAGACGUCAUGUCAUGCAAAGAUCGACUUUCCAACAUUCCACAAAAGAAAGUAAAAGACGAGAUAAGUAUUCACUCCUUCAAACUACCAGUACAAAGGAACUUCUCCAUUGUCUUUCUAUUUUUAUUCUCAAGAACUGCAACAAUCUUUGUGAAACACAUAAUACAAGUUCACCCCUAUAUCCAGAGGAAAUUAUCGCUUGGAUUCGAGAUAUUGACAGGGCGCUGAUACAGCAGGGUUGGACAGAUAUACCAUUUCUCAGUCCAGUGAAUGUAGUUUUUCUUUUCAUUAUGAUCAAGGAUUUUGUGGAUUCGAGUAUAACCUGCAGUCGUGAACUUCAUUCACUUGUAAUGGUCUGUCUCUACCUUUCCUAUGGAUACAUGGGGAACGAAAUUAGCUAUCCCCUGAAACCUUUUUUGAACGCAGAGAUUCUUUAUAGCACGCUACAUGAAAAUGAUCCCCAGCGAUUUCGGAAUAUAAACGCCAAUGAUUCGAUGUCAUCGAGGAAUCCAAAAGUGACUAAUCGAUUUCGAGAUGCCUUCUGGGAUACUUGCGUUCGAGUCUUGAAAUGCAAAAGUAAGGAUAUGCUUAAACUCAAUGCUGACUUUGGAUUCUUUACUCAGAGCAUAGUUGAGCUGCGUUCUUAUGCCAAUUCCACUGAUCAACAGCGGAAUUCGUCUGCUUAA